AUGCAAACGAAUAAUUUAAAACAAUAUCUAGCAUUUGUUAAAAUAUCUUAAAUAUGUUGUUAAAUCAUUAUGGGGAAGAGUGCCCACCACAGCAGGAUGUUUAAGUUUGCGUUUAGUAGGCAAAUGUCGCACCUGCUCUGUCUGUAAUUGGUUGAAAGCUCAGUCAGAUUCCACCGCAGAAUUAUCGGAUUGAAAAUCAGGGAGGGGAGCUGAAAAAACUCAACGCAACCAACUCACAGCGAUGCAGUGCUUAAGUUUCUAAACAUCACAACGGAUUUCCCUGCGCCUUUCAACGCGAAGUUUGCCACUCAAACAAUCAAAGGACUUUAAACAUUAAUAUCAGUAAACAAACCUCAUUUUACAGAAUCAUCAUGCCACGAUCAUUUUUGGUGAAAAGUAAAAAGUCUCAUAACGUGCACCGACCCAUCGACACCGAGCAAAGUGAACAGAAACUCCCGGAUCCAACACCCAAAACAAUCCCAGCGCUGGUCCCUUUGGAACCAAAGGAAUGUAAUUCCCCAGAGCGGCCCAAGGUAGAUUCAGUCACUCGGCCGUCCCACAGAGACCCGUAUGACUUCAUCAAGUGUGAGCAAGAGCCCGACUGUCCAAUACCAUCUCUACCUGAGCUGCCUAUCACAACCAGACGGCCGUUUUACUUAUCUGAGCCUCAGCUGGCAGAGUUCCCUCCCUACUACAAGAGCUCUUAUACCUGGGAUCAUGUUCCUGCAACAUAUGACUUCAGGCAGAUGGGCUUCUCUCCAUCGCUCCUGCAGCAUGCCAGCAGCCUGUACGGAGCUCAUCUGAAGCAGAGCUCUGACCCUCAACAACCACUGGACUGCAGCACACACUACUCACCCACGUCUAACACCUACCACUGCAUUACCUGUGAUAAGGUGUUUUCCACUCCUCAUGGGCUGGAGGUACACGUCAGACGUUCUCACAGUGGCACACGUCCCUUUGGAUGCAGCAUCUGCAGAAAGAGCUUUGGCCACGCAGUCAGCUUAGAGCAACACAUGAACGUCCACUCUCAGGAAAGAAGUUUUGAGUGCAAGAUGUGUGGAAAGACCUUCAAGCGCUCCUCAACGCUGUCCACUCACCUGCUGAUCCACUCGGACACACGGCCGUACCCCUGUCAGUACUGCGGCAAGAGAUUCCACCAGAAAUCUGAUAUGAAGAAACACACCUACAUCCACACAGGUGAGAAACCUCACAAAUGCCAGGUGUGUGGCAAGGCCUUCAGCCAGAGCUCUAACCUCAUCACACACAGCCGCAAACACACGGGAUUCAAGCCGUUCGGCUGCGAGAUCUGUUCCAAAGGCUUCCAGAGGAAGGUAGAUCUUCGCAGACACCACGAGAGCCAGCACAGCCUUAAAUAACGGAGGUUGCAUAUGGAAAUGAAGACCACCGAUGGCUGGCAAAAAGACUGUUGCUGUUCAGAGGAAUGUGUUUAGACUCAUAAAGGGAUCAUCAUUUACUCACCCUCAUGUUGUUCCAAACAGCUUAGUUAUUAUCAACUUAAAACUAAAAGUAGCAAUAAAAAUAAAGUUUGGUAAUUGGAAUAAAUCUGGAAUUAAAUAAAUAUUGGAUGAAAAGCUUUAAAGAACUAAAUACAAUUACAUAAAUUAUGUAAUUGCAAAGAUUAGC